UUACUGUACUGUAGUGUUAGUACAUUUUGACGCUGAAGACACAAUAAAAAAUUUCUGUAGUUUUUCCGAGUACUCCGCUACAAUAAAUCUUGUUUUUGUGCCUUGUAAUGGCAUCCGAGGAGGUGGAAUCUCGAGGCAAAACUCCUCGCUUUGAGUGGUAUCAGACCGAUGGUUCGGUUGUUAUUUCCUUCUUUGUUAAAGGAGUCCAGGAAGCUAAUCUGAGUGUACAUUGCCGUCCUGAUACCCUGGAUUUCAAAUCCGUGGACGACGCAGGAGAACUCUACGUAGCGCAGCUAAAUCUGGCUCAUACAGUAAAGGAGUCGUGCGAGAACAAAAUUUUGCGAUCUAAAGUGGAAAUUAAACUACUUAAGAACGAAGCAAUCAGGUGGGAGCAACUCGAGCGAAAGAUACAAGAAAAAGUUUUUACAGUACCGUACUCCUGCUGGAAGUAUGCAGCUUUGCCUGGAUCAAAUCAAAAAUGGAAUCAAAUCGAAAAAGAGCUUAAAGCAGCAGAGGCAGACGAGAAACCUGAAGGAGAUGCGGCACUUAUGAAGCUGUUUCAAGACAUUUACGGCGGUGGAUCAGAUGAAGUCAAGAAAGCUAUGAUGAAGUCAUUUUAUGAAUCGAAUGGUACCGUUCUUAGUACGAACUGGCAGGAAGUCGGAGAGAAAACAGUGGACGUGAAGGCUCCAGACGGCAUGGAAUACAAAAAAUGGUCGCCGUAAAUCUUUUGCUUUCGUUCUCGGGUUGUUUCGUUUCCUUCUAGCUGUUGCAGAUUUUUCCGGUUGUGAUUGUCUCAUAUUACCCGGUUAGUCUCUUUGCUUAUAAGUUGAUUAGUGAAGUUUUGACUUUUGUGUAUAGAUGCUGUUCGCUGUUUAAGAAACCGAGAAAUAUUGAAAUGUUUUUUGCUGUAACAACAUAAUUCUUACAGUUUUGUAAUUUUGUACUGAUUUGGAUACUAAAAACAGAUUUGA